GUGGUGAAGACAAAUCAAUCAGUAUUUCCAAGCGUCCAAGUUCUUCACUUUGCCUCUUUCUUAAAACAAAGGCGUCUUGUGACUCAAACGCAACUCAUUCCACUGCAGGUCAGAUCAAUCCGGAUUUAUCAGAUUUAAUUUCUACAAUGAACAACUCCUUAAUUUUGACGUCACUGGUGUUCAUUUUGCCGCUGAUCGCAUCGUGUGUAGCAGUGACUGACAAUAACAGUAAUAGCAAUAGUGGCGGGGCUUGUGGUCAAAGUCACUGCUCUUGCGCGCCUGGCAUCCCAGGCAUCCCUGGGAGCCCUGGACCCGCAGGACCUGCAGGUGUAGCGGGAUCACCAGGCCCUCGAGGACCAGCAGGGGACAAAGGAGACGCUGGGACACAAGGAGCUCCAGGGUCUGCUGGCCGAGAAGGUCCACAAGGAAUUAAAGGUGACGUCGGUGACAAAGGAAGCCAAGGAGCUCCAGGUCCUCAGGGACUACCAGGUACAUUGGGAAGUAACUGGAAACAGUGCGUGUUCAAAGACCUGAACGACGAUAGGGACACUGGAUUGGUCAAGGAAUGUGUUUUCAACAAAUUGUCCGCUAACACUGGCAUUCGUGUCUACUGGAAUGGCGCUCUCCGUAUCUACAAUUGCAACGCUUGCUGCAGACGUUGGUAUUUCACCUUCAACGGCGCGGAGUGCUCGGCCCCCGCUGCCAUAGAUGGUAUAGUGUACAUGAUACAUGGCGAUGGAGGUAAGAAGAAUUUACACCGAGUGCGACAAAUCGAAGGAGUAUGUGAGAAAGUCCCCCCGGGAAUCGUACGCGUGGGAUUCUGGGUCGGCAAUUGCAAAGGUGUCGGAAAUGCUGACGCUUAUACGGGCUGGAACUCAGUAUCCCGGAUUUACGUGGAAGAAGUACCAGCUCCUCAGGCCUAAAACGAUAUUGAGCUGAGAAAUGAAAGAAGGAAAACUUUCUUAUUCUUUGAUUUACGGAGAUAACGGAUUUAAGGCACUAAAGCUAUGUAGAUUAGAAGAUUAAGCCGGAAUACACAAAGCUCUUUCUUGCUUCUACGUGAUGAACUGAAAUAGAAAGAAAUGAUGUUAUGAUUUCGUAGAGCUGAAAUUAAAGUGAAAAUAUAAUCU